UGGGGUGACGCUCCGGUCCCUCACAUGGUGUUCUUCAAUUGUAAAUUGUUUUGGAUUCAAAUGAGCUAAUGGGCUUGUAUUCUCAAAUCUGCUCAUUCAGGGGUUAUACCAUCACUAUAAGAACUUAGGAUUCUUCUAUUGGGGUGGUUGAUCUCGGGAAAAACAUCUGCAAUGGAUACAAUUCUGGGCCAAGUGGAUCGUGUAAACAAAAAAAGAACUUAUAAGUCUGAGAGAAACUCUAAAAAAGUUGCUGGAAGACAAGUCUCUGUUGUGGAUACCCCUGGCUGGUGGAAGUACUUACCUGCCAAAUGCACUCCAGAAUGGGUGAAGACAGAGUUACAGAGAGGGCUGACGCUUGAUUCCAAAGCUCCCCAUGCCAUUCUUCUAGCUGUUCCAGCAGACACAACCUUCCAUGAAGAACAAAGGAAGAAUAUUGAAGACAACAUGAAGAUGUUUGGUGAGCAGGUCUGGAAGCACACCAUGGUGCUGUUCACAUGUGGAGAUCGGCUUGAGGACACAAGCAUUGAGGAGCACAUUGAGAGUGAAGGACAGCCAUUACAGUGGCUUGUGGAGAAAUGUGGAAACAGAUAUCACGUCCUGAGUUGGAAUGACAAAGAAGAGGAAGUCAUGGAGCUGCUGAACAAGAUUGAGGAAAUGGUGGCCAGUAACAGUUUAUUUUGGCCAGAACCUGAAUCACAAACAUGUAUUGAUAAAAAGACCACUAAAGAUCUGAUAGAAGUGCCAAAUGAGAUGGUGCAUUUCUUAGACCAGAAAUGGCAGAAAAUGGAUAGAGAAUUAGAGGAGCAGAUUGUGACCAUCUGCAGUGAAACAACUUCAAAGCUGAAAGGAAGCAUGGAUGAUCCAGGCACAAAUUUCAGAGAUACUCACCCAUCGUCUCAGGAUGAGGAAAUAAACUCAGGAAAGGGCGCCAGUCCACCUGAUCCUAAAUUCCCCAUUAAGAAAUCUGUCUUUGAUGCUGCCACAGGGCUUGAAGACCAAGAGCCGGCCAGCGAGAAGUCUGCUGGUCAGAUGGAGAGAAUGAAAGAGAUGUUGGAGAGGGAGUGGGGGAGACGGGAGUUGGGUGUCACACAGAGAUUUCAGUGUCAGCUAUUAGAUCUAAGAGAAUGUGGUAAAAUUAUACUUUAAAAGUGUGAGU